UCACACCCACCACCACCACCAGUAUCACAACCACCACCACCGCUCAGGAAGUCCCGGGAACUAAGCUGGGAUACAAAAUCUUAUGUCUCGCAGUACUCUCCGGUGUCUUGUGCUGUGUGGACUGUAGCCUGAGUACACACUAUACAGCGGAGGAAGCGUGCGUGUUGCAGCCGGCACCCAUCAUGACUGCCAACCUCCUGGUGUGGCUGGUGUUAAACUUGCUGCUGCUCUUGGUCCUUUUGCCGUGGUUCAGUGAGGUGGGACAAUCUACGUGCAGCGUGCAGGAAGAGAAGGGUGUCGCGUCAGGGAGCAGGCGUCACUGGGCAGCCUCGUGCACGACUACAAGUGACUCCACUGCUCAACUAAACAGGCCAGGCAUCGAGGGCCAGCUGGCGAGGCCCACCAGCCUCAACUUGUUACUUGGACUCAAAGAUGGCUUUCUCAAGUCAGCCGGUUCUCUGGAUCAGCCGGGAUCAGCGAGGCGAAGCAAGAGAUUCCAAAGUGUUGGUGAGAUCUCUGAAACGCCUCAGGCUCGUAUGCAGCAAGUCUCCGGAAGUGACAAGUCUCUGCCAUCAUCAAUAGCAACAUCUCCCAGCGAUGAUCACAGCUUGGAUACGUCUCCCGGCAAUGGCUUCGCUACAGAUGCUCCGGAAAGUGUGUUUGCGAAUGUAUUAGCGAGAACAGCGGCCAAUGGAUGGACCGGCAAUACUUGGCUCGACUACGAGGGCGUAGUGAGAUCAGUGUAUAACGGUAGCAAGCAAGCUUCUCUUCAGAAGCUUGGUGCACCAACAGGCCAGGAGUCGACGUUCUUCCACAUUACAGCAGCUGGCACGGCUUCCACUCUGCUCAGUGUUCCGGCAACAAUGAGCACUACGGAAAGCCAAAAAUCUUCGCUUGUUAGAAAGAGCGUGCUGCUCUGUGAUCAUCCUCCUCAGACUUACUCUUCAAACUUUCAGGGACAGGCAGAGGUGGUCUGCGGAAGGCACAAGAAAUUCCACAUACAAUUUUCACACACGAUACUAAUGUGUAAAAAUAUAUAUCAAUCCUUUCGUGGAAUUAAAGCAGAACCACAUUAUGUUAUAAUAUACGAUUCUCAAUAUGAAUAUUAUUUGGCUGUAUAUGAUGAUGAAACGUUUGUUCAGAUCUGUUUACCUUUAUUUAGAACAUUUGAUAUAUGUGAAGAAAUGAACUUUCUCACCGUGUGUCGGGAAGCUCGAGUGGGAUUUCUACACUCCCACCACUGUCUCAAACCCUCAGAAGGAGCAGACAUUUCUGGUGAAUUUCUUGCUUCCUUUAUUCUGCUAAACGACACUCAGUGCUUUCAAGAAUUUUGCAAAGGAACAUUGACUGUGAUUGAUUCAGAAGUAAAAGGAGUACAUUACCGACUGUUCAACACGUUAACAUCGAGUACUGCUUCUCUAUGUUCUUACCAGGCAGAAAGCCUUCACUUUUUCGGCAACAGGCACAACAAAACAUUGUAUCUGAUUGUCAACAAUCACUGGCCGUGCUGUUAUGACAUGUACAUCGUGGCGUGGGUGGGCGACCCUUUGGUUCAUCGUUUGAACGCUGCUUGGAGCUAUCUGCCAGCAUCUUGCCAGAUAGGUGAAGUACUCCUGAUAACUUGGGUGGCGAUCAUUGGAGCGAGUGGGUUGGUGGGGAACCUGGUGGUGGUGGUGGUGAUGUGGAGCGGGGGCCACCACCGGCAGGAGUCGAGCAUGAUGCGCACCUCCCUGGCGCUCGCUAACUUGAUCUGCACACUGUUAGUGGUCUUCCCAUCCCUCUGUAAUCAUCUUGUUCCCUUCUUUUACCCAACUGAGUUUAUAGAGGUGCUCCAUCCAGACGAGAUACUCGACUUUCAUCAUCGUGAAGAUGUUGUUCCGUCGACGGAGAAUCCCAUCCGCCGCAUAGAUAAUUACGCAGACUACACCAGUGGCUUUUUUUUAUUUCAGUCUCUGAUGUACUGCGUGUCUUCCACCGUGUCAGUGCUAACCAUCUUCUUGCUGAGCCUGGAGAGGUUCGUGCUCACGGGCCGACCACUCCUCUACAGGGACUACUUCACUAUGCCCUGGGUUCAAACAGCCAUCGCUCUCACCUGGAUCACAGGCCUCUCCAGCGCCUUCAUGUUCGCCGCUCAUUACGACACAAAUCUGGGCGCUUCGGUAAUUACCUUCACCAAGCUCCCACUUGGGACCUCGGACAAUUACCCUAACAGCUUCAUCUAUGCAAUAUUAUUCUAUUGCCAAUAUUCAAUUCUUGUAAUUGCAGGAGUUUCUAUUAUUAUCUUCUCAGUGUUAGCGAUACACAAUUUUGUGAAGACACAGAAGGAGCUGACGGCAGAGUGGGAGAAGAUGGCAGUGGCCGGUCCUUACAAGGAAGAGAACCGUCGCAUAUUGAUAACACUGAUACUCACUCUUAUGCUCUUCCUUGCCUCAUGCGUUCCAAUCGCCAUCGAAAUCAUUUUCCGUAAUAUACAUUUCAAAUUUAAACGCGAUACACUAUUCACUUACUUUGCUCAGUGGAUGUUCGUGUCGAGAUCAGCGUGGAACCCCUGGGUGUAUAACUUUCGCAGUCGGGAGUUUAAGGAAGAAGUAAGCAAACUAUUGGAGGUGUUGCCGGAGUGGAUGAGGCUCCAGCCGUCCGGCGCCCGCUCCCGGCGGCUGAGAGACCUCCAUGAUCUUGACAGUCAGACAAAGCUCUCCAGAAUUCUGGAGAGACUCGGACCAAAGGAUGAAUAAUUACCGAGCAGCUCGGUGAUCAAUAGUUCACAGUAGAGGCAGAAAUGUUUUGCAUAGAUUCAUAUUAACCCUUAGACUGCUAGGUAUAUUUUUUGACGAAUAAAGUUAAACAGGAUCACACUCCUGGUGAUAUUUUUCAGCCUAAUAGUACAUAAUAAGAGGAAAUAAACCUUGUUAGUAUAUAUAUAAUGUUAUUAAGUAUUAGAAUUUUGGCAUUUGUGGAAUCAAGUCCGCUUAAUAU